UCCUCCUCCUCCCAAUUCUGAAUCGGGCAAGAGGGCUUGUGUGCGGUUGAUUUAUCCGGUCAUUCCACAGCCGCUGUCUGGUGGGUUGCCGCUCCCGCUGCGGUAGGGUUGCCGGAGAACUAUCCCGAUCAAGGUAGUCACUGACACAGGGGGAUCUCUCCCGGCCACACCAACUUCUGUACCAAUGGACAAAGCUCUCUGGGUUACCUUGCGAGUCUUCGCUGCCUUCCUUUUGCUCGGGGAACCAAACUGGACAGGUGCUGCAGAGAAUGGAGAUUCCAUGAGCAUGGAUGCCGAUUUGCUUGGAGCAGGCGGCAAGGACAUGCCCAUGGUUUAUGUCACAACCAUCUUGGAAGAUCCCUACGUGAUGGCCAGAGACACCGAACUCGAGGGCUACUGCAUUGACCUGCUGGAGAAGCUCUCAGAAAUGCUGCACUUCCGGUACAAGGUGGGCGUCGUCAAGGACGGGAAAUAUGGAGCCCUGAGCCCCAACGGGAAUUGGUCGGGGAUGAUCGGCGAGGUUGUGAGAAAGGAAGCGGACCUUGCCGUCGCCCCGUUGACCAUUACGUCGGUAAGAGAAGACGCCGUCGACUUCACCCAGCCCUUCCUGCACAUGGGCAUCGGCAUCUUGCUGGAGAAGGACUCGGCCUCCGAGGACGCCUCCCUCUUCCACUUCCUGUCCCCCUUCAGCAAGGAGACCUGGGUGGGCGUCCUCGUGGCCUACCUGCUUUCCAGCCUCUGCUUGUUCCUGGCCGCCAGAAUGAGUCCCUGCGAGUGGGACGGAAAUGAAGACACCCAUUUCACAUUCCUGAACAGUCUCUGGUUUGGAGCUGGGGCUCUCACUCUGCAAGGCGCGGUGCCUCGGCCGAAGUCUCUCUCCGUACGGCUCAUUUCCGCCAUCUGGUGGCUGUUCAGUAUCGUGCUGCUCGCGGCGUACAUCGCUGGCUUCAGCUUUGUGCUGGAGUCUGGCUCGGAGCAACUGUCCAUCCAGAACUUCGAAGACCUGGUGAAGCAGAGGCAGCUGGAGUUUGGGACCAUGGAGGGCUCCUCCACCCUCCAGUACUUCAAGAACUCCAAGAACCCCAUCCAGCAGCUGGUCUACGACUCCAUGAACAAGAAGAAGGACACCGUGCUGGCCAAGAACUACCAGGAGGCCAUCCAGCGGGUGCUGGAUUCCAACUACGCUUUCAUCGGCGAAUCUGUCUCUCAGGACCUGGCAGUCGCCAGGCACUGUAACCUGGUCCGGUCCCCAGAAGUCCUCGGGGCCAGGGGGUUUGGCAUCGCCACACCAAAAGGGUCCCCCUGGACUAACCAGUUGUCCGUUGCGAUCCUGAAACUCGGUGAAUCCGGCGACCUCGACUACCUCCGCAGCAAGUGGUGGGAAAGCCGCUGUUCCCAGGAAGAUCACGACCGGUGGACCCCACUGAAGCCCCAAGCCCUGGGCGGCAUCUUCCUUAUCCUCGCCUUGGGCCUCGCCUUGGGGAUGGUGAUUGCCAUGGUGGAACUAUCCAAAAAAAGCCGACACACUGCCGAACAGGAGAAGAAAUCCUGCUGCGCUGUUUUCACGGAGGAGCUGAGCCAACGCUUUCGAACGAGGGGGAACCCCAAGCCGGAGCACGCGGGGAAGCCGAAGCCAUGAGAUGGCGGGAGGGGAACAGACGGCCCCACGUUCACGAACUCUUCUUUUCACCCCACUGCACGGCGAUGUUCGGUGCGUCUGUGGCAGUCUAGUGUAGCUUCCUUGUAAUAACACGAGCCUACCGACACACCCCCUGCGUAACCUUGCGGAUGACUGAAGAGUUCAAGGAAUGGCGAAGGUCCCCGUUCCGGAUUCUAACCCGCCUAGUUCUCCCGAUUGCUUCAGGCCACGUUUCCUGCAAACUGCAGCUGUAGGAAGUGGGCAAAGCUUAUUCCGAAGCUUAAUAAAAGCUAUGCAAACCACUA